UAUAUGAUUUAAUAUAUAAGCGUUUUGCUAAUAAAUUUCGUGCCACAAAAAUGCUACAAUAAGGUUUUGAAAUGUAUGAUAUGGUAACAUCACCAAAAUUCUAAAUUGCGGCGUAUGGGCAGCACUCUGGGGCAUACAAUAUAUUAAAGUCAAACUGACAGCUGCAACGAAAACGACAAAAAUUGGGACGAAAAGCAAUUUCGUAAAACAAAAUUUUUAUGGGAGUUGGUUUCAUACAAUAAGUAUAAAAGAAGAAUUAAUACGGUUGUGCUAAAUAAAAAAAGCAAUAAGUAAUACAUUAGGAUUUUCAAUAAACGAUCAAAAUUGAAAAACACAUCAUACGCCAGACGAGACUUCAUACACCCCACAAACAAUUCUCUGAGAAAGGAAUCAAAACGGCAAAUUAGGUAACUUUAGCAGCAAAUAAAUAAUCUGUUUCGAUUUACGUAUCACCACAUUUAAUUAACGUGACCUUUGAUGACAGACAUUUCCAUACGCCGUAGCUAAUACCGUUGAUCAAAUUGUUUAAAGAUUACAGCAACAACAAUCAGUAAAACGUGUUGGUGGCUGUUCUUAUCUGUACGUUAAUCUAAAAAGUCGGAAAUAUGCAUCAGGAUUCACCUGAUGCCAAAAAGCCCUGCAAAGGCAUAUUAAAAACAUCACGUAGUUUUGAUAAACCAAAUGCCAGUUAUCGCAAAAGUGCCAAGUUCGAUGAAAUAAACGUGCUUCAAACAUAUCAUCCAGUCGAUAAGGACUAUGGACAUAUGAAAAUAGAUGAACCAAAAACUCCGUUCAAUUAUGUUGAUCCGGAAGAAGGUUUAAAUGAACAACUUGAUGCUGAUUUGUUAGCAGAAAAAUUACGUGCAGCCGCUAAUACUCAAACUCCUUCCUUUGGUCAAGAUGAUCUCUCAGAUGAAGAAUUUCCGGAAACUGAAAGUGAAAGAGUGCGUCGCUUAGAAUUUGAACGCCGUCGUAAGGCUCAUUACAAUGAGUUUGAAGCAGUUAGGCUUGCUAGAAAAUUAAUACAGGAAGAAUUGGGUGAUGAAGACGAAGAUGAAGACGAUGGAGAUGUUGAAUCGCAAUCAGUAUCUACAAUAUCAAAAACUAAAUCUGAACCUGUAGGCAGUGAAAGUACUCGCAAUACUCGUCAAGUUUCUUCCUCUGAAGUUUGUUCUAUAACAGAUGAUUGCGCCGACAAUGCGAAUACAUGCUCCUGCAAACCCAAAGCAACUGGUAAACCAAUGGAGAUUGAUCAACCGGAGUAGUAAUCCCAGAGCCAAAAUAGUCAUGAAAAAUACUAUUUUCAACAUAGAGAAACAAAAGAAUAGGAAAAUGACGUGAUUUUUUAAAUUUAUAUAUCGAAAAGUUUUUUAAAAAAGAGUUAUCCGCAAUUUAAUGAAAUAAUUAAAAGAAAGAAAAAAAUGAACAAAAUAUAUUUUAUGUAUUUAAAUACAGCUGAAUAUGGUGUUGUAACACUUA